CUCUUAUAUUGAAAUUGGUCUGGGUCGAACAGGAUCACAGAACACCGCUUCUCUAUUGCUGCACAUUGUCGGGCAUUCCGCAAAACCCGAUCACUUGAAACACAAUAAGCAGACACAAAGGAAAGGACAUAGUACCACAAUAUAUUUUUAAAGGUAGAACACGUUUUUCUUAUAAAAAAAAUACCGUCCGUUUGUGCGUGUUAAGCGUUGUAAAGUAGGUGUUUAACUAUAACAGUCCAACUACAGUAUAAAAUAGCCAUGCAUUUGCACAUUAUAAUGCGCGCUAGCAUUGGAUUAGUCGGUUUCUGUCUGCUUGCCUUUGUCCAACAGCCAGCUCGCGCUUCAGGAGGCAAAUCCACUCAAGAUGUGGAUGAGUGUGCAGAGCAAAUUGACAACUGCAGCACCGAUGCCAUCUGCCAGAAUACACUCAAGUCAUACAAAUGCAUCUGCAAGUCGGGCUACAAGGGGGAUGGCAAGCACUGUGAAGAUUUAGACGAGUGUGCGAGUGAGUACAACGGUGGCUGUGUCCAUGACUGCAUCAACAUCCCGGGGAACUACAGGUGCACAUGCUAUGACGGCUUCCGGCUGGCACACGACGGACACAACUGCCUUGAUGUGGAUGAGUGUUCAGAGGGGAAUGGUGGAUGUCAGCAGAUCUGUGUCAACAUGAUGGGCAGUUACGAGUGUCGCUGCAGAGAAGGAUUCUUCCUGAGCGACAACCAGCACACCUGCAUCCAAAGGCCUAAAGCGCGACCAGAGGGCACCAAGGAGAGCCCCACCUGCAUGGAUAAGAACCAUGGCUGUGCUCACAUCUGCCGGGAGACACCAAAGGGAGGCGUCGCCUGCGAGUGCAGGCCUGGCUUCCAGCUCACCAGGAACAUGAGGGACUGCAAGUUGACCUGUAACUACGGCAAUGGGGGUUGCCAGCACAUCUGUGAGGAGACGGACCACGGCCCCAGAUGUGCGUGUCACAUGAAGUUUGCCCUGCAAACCGAUGAAAAGACAUGUGUAGGGGAGAGGAGUCUCCAGAACCAGGCAGCCCCACAGCUGUUCCCCAAUGAGACGUGUUUAGUGAACAACGGUGGCUGUGACAGCACAUGUCACGAUGCAGUGACCGGAGUCCGCUGCAGCUGUCCUGUAGGCUUCACUCUCCAGCCAGACCGCAAGACCUGCAAAGACAUUGAUGAGUGUCGCCUGAACAACGGGGGGUGUGAUCACGUAUGUCGGAACACAGUAGGCAGCUUCGAGUGCAGCUGCAAGAAGGGCUACAAGCUGCUGACCAAUGAGAGGACAUGCCAAGACAUUGACGAGUGUUCUUUUGACCGGGCGUGUGACCAUUCCUGCGUCAACUCCCCCGGCAGCUUCCAGUGCUUCUGUCAUAAAGGCUAUGUUCUCUACGGUCUGGCACAUUGUGGAGAUAUUGAUGAGUGCAGUAUAAACCGCGGUAGCUGUAAAUAUGGCUGUGUCAACACUCAGGGCAGCUAUGAGUGUACUUGUCCAACUGGAUACAAGCUGCACUGGAACAGGAAGGACUGCAUUGAGCUGGUGAAAUGUCUGCCUGGCCUAGCUCCCAAGACCACUCUGACCUGCAGUAAAACAGGCAAGAAAGAGAGCUGCUCCCUCACCUGCACCUCCAAGGCUCACUAUCUGGCAGAAUCUGACAGCAGCUAUACAGUGAGCUGUGGCAUCCCCAUCCUACGAGGCAAAUCCCCAGCCAGGCUGAACACAAGCAGCAGUCCGAGCUGCAUAGAAACAGGGGCCCCUCCAGUGAAGCAGACCGCCUCUUUCAAGAUCAAAGAUGCCAAGUGCCACCUGCACCCCAAGCUGACAGGCAGGGCUGAGGACAGGGGCCGAGCGCUGGGGCCAGGUGAGGGGCCACAUCUGGCCUACAUUCCAGACCUUGGAAGUGGACAGCCCUGCAAUAACUGCCUGGUUACGUUUGUCAACCUCAAAUGUGACUCCUCCAAGAAGGCCAAAGGGCGUCGUGUCCGUAACCCCACCAACAAAGAAGUGACACGCAUCACCCUGGAGCUCGAGGCGGAGGUCAAGCCAGGAGACACCACAGGAAGCUGUAACCUGAGUUGCCUGCGCCAACGCAUGGAGAAGCAAGUGAAGACAUACAUCAAGGCCCUGAAGAAGUCGAUCAACCAGGAGCGUUUCCUGAUCCGCGUGGCUGGGCUGGAGUACGAGGUGGCCCAGAAGCUGCCCCAGGUCGCUUCAGCAGGCCACGAGAACUGUGGUCCAGGACGGGAGAAGGACAGCGGACGCUGUGUCAGAUGUUUGCCAGGAUCGUACUACCAAGGGGAACAGGAGCGCUGCAUCCAGUGCCCACCUGGCACCUUCCAGGAGAGGGAGGGGCAGCUGGCCUGUGACCUGUGCCCUGGCAGUGAUGGGCAUGGACCUGCCGGGGCACGCAACAUCUCCUCCUGUGCAGGUCAGUGCCCUACUGGCUACUUCUCCAGUGAUGGGUUUCAGCCAUGCCAGCCAUGCCCGUUUGGCUCCUACCAGCCUGACCUGGGACGGACCCUAUGCUUUCCCUGCGGAGGGGGGCUAAGCACCAAACGGGAGGGGUCCAGCUCCUUCCAUGACUGUGAGGUCAAAGUUCAGUGCUCCCCUGGCCACUACUACAACACUACGGUGCACCGCUGUAUUCGCUGCCCUCUGGGCAGCUACCAGACAGAGUUCAGACAGAACUACUGCAUCACCUGUCCUGGUAACACCACUACAGACUUUGAUGGGGCCACCAGUGUCUCUCAGUGCAAGAACCGAGAAUGCAGAGGAGAGAUGGGAGAGUUCACAGGUUACAUUGAGUCGCCCAACUACCCCGGAAACUACCCAGCUAAUGUGGAAUGUAUCUGGAUCAUCAACCCACCCAACAAGCGCAAGAUCCUCAUGGUGGUGCCUGAGAUCUUCCUGCCCUCAGAGGACGAGUGUGGAGACGUACUGGUUAUGAGGAAGAACUGGUCGGCCACAUCCAUCACCACCUAUGAGACGUGUCAGACGUACGAGCGACCUAUAGCCUUCACCGCCCGCUCCCGCAGACUCUGGAUCAACUUCAAGUCCAACGAGGCUAACAGUGCCAGAGGCUUCCAGAUCCCCUAUGUCACCUAUGACGAGGAUUAUGAACAGCUUGUAGAGGACAUUGUCAGAGAUGGAAGACUCUAUGCCUCUGAAAACCAUCAAGAAAUCCUAAAGGAUAAAAAGCUGAUUAAAACUCUCUUCGACGUGCUGGCCCACCCAAACAACUACUUCAAGUACACCACUCGGGAGUUCAGCGAGAUGCUGCCGCGCUCCUUCUUGCGCCUCAUAAGCAGCAAAGUCUCCGCCUUCUUGCGACCAUAUAAGUAGUCUCCACAUCAAACCCCGCCCCUGAAGGACCAGAUCCCGCCCCCCUCUAACAGGCCAAACAACGAACUCUCACAGGACUUCUAACAAGUUGACAAAAAUAACUAUUUUUUUCUUCUAUUUUUUCAUACUGUAGGCUUUGACGACACACUUCACUAUGCAGUCUCAUACUCAAUCUGUUUUGCAGUAUUUAGUUGUAUGCCAUUUUAAUUUCUCCAAAACCAUGCAGUAUCUGAAGCCAACCAACUUGAGUCAAAGUACAGUACAGGCUUUCUUGCCCAUCUCUUCUUUCUGAAUAUUUAUCACGACUCCAAUAUGUUUGUGUCAUUGUAUUUUUUGGUUUGUUGCUGUUGUCAUUCUUGUUUCUAUUAUCAUAUAGCAUAGAUGGCCUUGUCUGUCAUUUUCACAGCAAUCCAUAAUUAGAAGGAUAUGUGUGCAUUUCAGAUGACGCAUGUUGUCUGUUUGUUGACAAAAUGGACAGCGGUAGAGGCAUUUAUGUCAAACAGGAAGAAGGAUAUAAGGGCAAUAUGUUUGUCACAUUUGUUUUGAGCUGGAACAGGGUUAUCGUAAACGUGCUUUAAUAAAUAGUCUUUCACUUGAAUUCCAGCUUUAACCAUGACAGGAUGAGUCUGUUUUGAUAAAUGAAUAACCUUUUGUAUAUCUAUAUCCUCCAUAAGCAGUCCUCAAGGAGAAGGACCUGUCAGUUUCCUGUCAUAGUUACAUUCCACAACAUUCAAAGCCUUACUAUAUCUGAGCUCUUAGAGCAACUUCUUGUUAAGGUAUUACUGUUAAAAAAGUUAUUCUAUGUUUUUUUCUUCUGUCCAGAUUGUAUAACUGUCUGUUGCCUACCUACAGAUAUUUUCUGUUAGUCUAUAUCCAAGUUAACUUAUACAAAGUGUAUAAAUUGUAGUUUAUAAAAAAAAAUCCAGAAGGUGAUGGACAUUUUGGAAAAGAAAUAGAAAACUAGAUUUGUGAGAAUCACAGAUGAAAGUCAGAAUAAUGUCUCUAUGGUCCAUGACUGGUGAGGGAGAGACAGAUAAAUGUCUCUGUGGUCCAUGACUGGUGAGGAGAGAGACAGAAUAAUGUCUCUAUGGUCCAUGACUGGUGAGGAGAGAGACAGAAUAAUGUCUCUAUGGUCCAUGACUGGUGAGGAGAGACAGAAUAAUGUCUCUAUGGGCCAAGACUGGUGAGGAGAGAGACAGAAUAAUGUCUCUAUGGUCCAUGACUGGUGAGGAGAGAGACAGAAUAAUGUCUCUAUGGUCCAUGACUGGUGAGGAGAGAGACAGAAUAAUGUCUCUAUGGUCCAUGACUGGUGAGGAGAGAGACAGAAUAAUGUCUCUAUGGUCCAUGACUGGUGAGGAGAGAGACAGAAUAAUGUCUCUAUGGUCCAUGACUGGUGAGGAGAGACAGAAUAAUGUCUCUAUGGUCCAAGACUGGUGAGGAGAGAGACAGAAUAAUGUCUCUAUGGUCCAUGACUGGUGAGGAGAGAGACAGAAUAAUGUCUCUAUGGUCCAAGACUGGUGAGGAGAGAGACAGAAUAAUGUCUCUAUGGUCCAUGACUGGUGAGGAGAGAGACAGUAUAAUGUCUCUAUGGUCCAAGACUGGUGAGGAGAGAGACAGAAUAAUGUCUCUAUGGUCCAUGACUGGUGAGGAGAGAGACAGAAUAAUGUCUCUAUGGUCCAAGACUGGUGAGGAGAGAGACAUAAUAAUGUCUCUAUGGUCCAAGACUGGUGAGGAGAGAGACAGAAUAAUGUCUCUAUGGUCCAAGACUGGUGAGGAGAGAGACAGAUAAAUGUCUCUAUGGUCCAUGACUGGUGAGGGAGAGACAGAUAAAUGUCUCUAUGGUCCAAGACUGGUGAGGGAGAGACAGAUAAAUGUCUCUAUGGUCCAUGACUGGUGAGGGAGAGACAGAUAAAUGUCUCUAUGGUCCAUGACUGGUGAGUGAGAGACAGAUAAAUGUCUCUAUGGUUCAUGACUGGUGAGGGAGAGACAGAUAAAUGUCUCUAUGGUUCAUGACUGGUGAGGGAGAGACAGAUAAAUGUCUCUAUGGUCCAUGACUGGUGAGUGAGAGACAGAUAAAUGUCUCUAUGGUUCAUGACUGGUGAGUGAGAGACAGAUAAAUGUCUCUAUGGUUCAUGACUGGUGAGGGAGAGACAGAUAAAUGUCUCUGUGGUCCAUGACUAGUGAGUGAAACAGAGAUACAUCUUAAUUAAAGGGCAAGGUUCUGUGAUACAGAAAACGUCUUUAUUGGACACAACUGUGAGAGAGAGAGACAGAGAAAUGUCUAUGAGGGACAUACGUUUGCUGCUUCUCUUAAAAAGGUCACUUUCAUUCUUAAAUUUCAAGUCGUCUUUCUGUGCUCGCAUCACACUAAUAGUCCAUUGCAUUAAUAUAAAAGAAUGAUGCAUCAUAAGUAUAAAUACAAUUCUACCGCCAGUCCUCAUGUAAGUUGAAAGUCAUAUCACAUUUGCCUCUUUAUCCAUGGAUUACCAACUGAUUGUAAUGUUAUUCUUUCAAUCUUGUAAAUAAUGGGGAAAAAAUUGACACGGUUUGAAUCCUUUUUAAUCUAAAUAAACUUGAGCAGGAUCCCCAAACUAUUUUCUUUCCAUGUCCUCUUCACCCUUUCCCUAAUCCAAAGAACCCCCCCCCACCUGCCCCCUUUUCCCCAAACACCCACGUCAGAUUCUGUCCCAAUAAGACCAGCUCUUCCAAAGACUGUCCGCAUGGCAAAAGCCUAGUUAUUAUCUCGUGCACUAGAUCUAGAGCCUGUCAUCCUACCUUUGUUGUAUAAGUGCAAUGAAUGAAGUCUCCAUUGUGCUACUCCUCUCUUUGUGUCCAAAGAAAUACUAAAAAACAAUGUUAAUAUUUGUCAAAACAUAACAAAGGAUUGUCUUUUCUUGGACUCAUUUAAAGAAUUGAGGGUAUAGGGUUUUGAAUGAAGUUACUUUAUAUUCUGCAUCCCACUACAAUAAUGUUGAAAAACGAAUAUAGUUGAUCAAUGCAAUACUAUUACAAUGGAAUUAUUGCAAUGUAAAAACAAAUUACAAUGAUAACAAGUAAUCCUAAUAGACUCAAACCUUUGUUGAAGAAGAAUCAACAUGUUAGCUACGGCUCUUAAAUAUAAUGGAUUUCCCUUGGAAACUCUGUUUUUAUUUGAUUUUUGAUUUUUUUUUUGUAAAUAAAAGAGAAAAUAAACCGUGUAAAUGGUAAAAGCUAUUGUACAAUACCUUUAGAUAGUUGUAAGCACAGGUGCUUCUGGAUAAGAGAAAAGGAUUUUGACCACAUUGCUAAAUUGCAAGACAAGCGUGGCCUAGCCAUGCAGACCUCAUAGUCAGAAGGAACUGUUUAAUACACAUCACAGAACAUCUGCCAUAUCUGUGUUCUUUUGAAUCUUUGUUUUAAAGUUGCCACUAGUAUUUAUACCACCCUGGUUUUUUUUUUUAAAUCCAACAUUUCGAUGUCAAUAGCAACAGUCCAUAGCGCUCACUGUUUCCACCUGUCUCAACUCAUCCUUUCCCUCUCUUCAUCCCUCUGUACCUGCAGCCUGAACACACCAGAUGGUUGAGUUUUUUUUUUACAUGAGUUUGCUAUGAUGUAUCAUAGAGUUGAUAAUGGUAUUUGCACUUGAAAAUUGUUAUUGCUCAUGUAAAAAUGUCUGGAUUUUGUAUUGUCUUUUUAAAUGAAUGGAAUUGCUGUUCUUACAUUUCUUGUAGCUCUCGUUUGUUCUCUAAAUGCUCGCCUACUGUGUUCAACCCAUGAGGAUGAAGAUGCACAUGUGCAUGUACCUUUAUCAACUGUACAAAAACAAUUAUUAAAAAGUAUGUACAGAGAUGAAAUGAAACAAGAUUAUGAGCUUGUUUCUGUCAAAAACACUUCAAAAUAAACAUACUGUAAUUGA